AGCUCUCAUCUUUUCAAACCAAUUGUUUGGAUUGAUUGUGAAAUGACUGGUUUGGAUAUUCAAGUCGACCAUAUUAUUGAGAUUUGUUGCCUUAUAACAGAUGAAAACCUAAACAUUAUAGAUUUGAAUGGCUAUGAAAACGUCAUCAACUUUCCUUUAGAUACUCUUAUUAAAAUGAAUGAUUGGUGUAAAGAACAUCACACAAAAUCUGGUCUAGUUAAAAAAAUUUUAAACUCUAAUAAGAACACUACUCAAGUUCAAUCAGAACUCUUAAGUUAUAUUCAAAAAUUCGUUCUUAAAAAAAAUAAAGCCUUAUUAGCUGGCAAUUCGGUUCAUAUGGAUAGAUUGUUCAUGCUAAAAGAAUUUGAUAAUGUAAUUGACUACUUACAUUACAGAAUUAUCGAUGUAUCCUCAAUAAUGGAAGUAGGAAAAAGACACAAUCCAAUGUUGUUAAAGCUUGAACCAAGAAAGAAUAAACAACAUACCGCAAAAGCAGAUAUAUUGGAAAGUAUCCAGCAAUUGAAAUGGUAUACUCAAUUUUACUUUAAAAGU